AUGUUAAGAAUUAUUCAUUUUCGUCCAUUUUUGUUAAAUACAUUGGUUAGAAAAACACGUCAAUUAACUGUAUUAUAUCGUCCAUUGUCUGCAGAAACAUUACCAAUACAUCAUGAUAUUGAUGAAUAUAAUCAUCGUUUUGAAAUAGCUGCACCACAUUAUGAACUACUCGAGGUACUUAAUCAUCGUUCAUCGCAAUUACAAUCUUUUAGUAAAACUACUCGUUCAUCUCGAAAAUCUUCUCCAUCAUCAGAUCGAUCAAUUACUAAGACUAAUAUUCGACAGCGAUCUAAUACGAAACGAAAAACUCAAAACAAUGUUGAUAUUGAAUCAAAUCCGAUUAAAAAAGAAGAACCUAUUGAAUUAGCUCGACCAAAAGCCAGUAAAACAAAAGAAAAAAAGAAGAAAGAAAAAAAAAUUACUCCUGCUCUUCUACCAACUCCACCAAAUCGAAUAAAUGAAUUAAGUAAAAAACUAACUCGUACUACAUCUAUUGAUGGAAAUCAACCAACAACAAUAUCUUCUAAUUUAUAUGAAGAAAAUCUAAUAGCUGAAGAACAAGAAGAUAUACAAUCCGAUGAAACAUUACUUUCACCAUCUCUAGAAGAAAUGACAUUUAAUGAUGAUGAUAAAACAUUAAAUGAUUUAUUAAGUAGUUUACAUUCAACUAAAGUUCGUCGUUUACAUAAAUAUACAGAUGACCAAAUUAAAUUUAUGCAUACACAUAAUGAAUUUAAUUAUAUGUUACAAGCUUAUGUAGAUGUAUUAAUAUUUAAUGGAAAAUUAAAUCAAGCUCAUCAAUUACUUGAGGAAUUAUUAGCUGAUCAUGAAAGACGACAAACAAUGAAACAACUUAGUUGGCGUUAUGUAACAAAUGUACAUGUUUUUAAUGCAUUUUAUUUUGCUUAUGCAGAUAAAGGUAAUCUUAUAGAAUUACAAAAAUUAUUUGAAAAAAUGCGUAAAUAUAAUGUAAAACCAAUUCUUGAAUCUUAUGCAGCAGCUUUAAGUUGUCUUGGUAAUAUGGAUUUAUUUGAUUCAAGUAUUGCUCGAAGAAUUAUAAUUGAUCUUGAAAAAGAAGGAUUUCGUGUUGUCGAUAUAUUUAAUCUUGAUUGUUUAAAUCAUGAACAUAUGCAAAGAAUUUUAAAAGUUUUAAAAACUUUUCGACCGCAUUAUGAUAUUCCAAUACGUUCAUCAAAUGUGAAUAAUAAACUUUUGAAUAGUAUUUAUCAACAAUCACCUCUAACAAUCGUAAGUUUAGAAAAAUAUUAG